AUGACAAGCAACAAUGUCGAGAACUUUGAUGAGCCUGUUGUGCCGCCAAAACGCCUAUCAUAUUGGGCUCUUAUGACCGAUCAGGGGGCCGUCACCGACGAUAUCUUACAUCACGAUUAUGAGGGUUCUGGCACAGAAAAUGAUCCUUAUAUGGUGACCUGGAUCCCAGAUGACCCUCGGAACCCAUUGAACUUCAGUCUAAAGAGGAAGAUUAUUAUACUGGGUACUACAGCCUUCGCAACCUUGAUCGUAUCCUUCACUUCAUCAGCAUACGUCGGUAGCUUAUCAAUGGUCAUCCAUCAUUUUGGUGUGAGUAAUGAAGUGGCCACCCUUGGUUUGUCCUUGUUUAUCCUAGGUUUUGCUAUAGGACCUUUAAUAUGGGCUCCUCUAAGUGAGACCAUUGGAAGACAAAUACCGUUCUUCUUCAGCUUUCUAAUCAUGGCUGCAUUCACCGGUAGCUGCGCUGGCGCUCAAAACAUCGAGUCAUUGAUUAUCCUCCGCUUCUUCGCAGGUGCAUUUGGCUCGUCGCCAUUGACCAAUGCAGGAGGUGUCAUAUCCGAUUUGUUCAACGCGAAGCAACGUGGCCUUGGAUUGUGCUUAUUUGCUGCAACCCCUUAUCUAGGCCCUGCUCUCGGACCUUCAAUCGGUGGCUAUCUCGGCACUGCUGCUGGCUGGCGAUGGAUUGAAGGGUUCUUAGCUUUAUGCACCUUACUUGUCUGGGUUUUGGUGUCUUUCCUGGUGCCUGAGACCUACGCACCUGUACUCCUUCGGAAACGCGCCGAGAAGUUGACCAAAAUGACCGGCCAAAGUUAUGGGAGUAAAACAGAUCUCGAAAAAGGCAAAGUCACCCUCACGAAACGACUUCAAACUGCCCUGUCUCGCCCAUGGAUAGUACUCGUUCAUGAGCCGAUCGUUCUACUGUUCACUUUCUACACGGCCAUCGUAUAUGGAACACUUUACAUGCUUUUUGGUGCAUUUCCAGUGGUCUACGAAGAAGGCCGUGGCUGGAGUCCUGGGCAAGGCGGUCUUCCCUUUCUCGGUGUCAUGGUCGGAAUCUUCAUUGGAACCAUUUACUCAGUAUUUGACAACAAACGUUAUGUUCGAGUUCAGGAGCGACAUGAUGGUUUUGCGCCCCCAGAAGCCCGUCUACCUCUUUGCAUGGUAGCUUCAACCACUUUACCGAUUAGCAUGUUUUGGUUUGCCUUUUCGAACUCACCUUCCACACAUUGGAUGGUGAGUGUGGCAGCAAUGGUACCAUUCGGAUUUGGUAUCAUGUUGAUAUAUCUGGGUGUUGUGAAUUACCUAUUGGAUGCCUAUACCGUUUAUGCAGCAUCUGUCCUGGCCGGUAUGUCUAUUAUACGAUAUAUGUUCGGAGCCAUUUUCCCACUUUUCACAACUCCAAUGUAUCGAGCAUUGGGAAUUCAUUGGGCGUCCUCUAUCCCCGCCUUUAUCUCGGUAUUAUGCCUACCAAUACCAUUUUUGUUCUACAAAUAUGGCUCGGCAAUAAGAUCGCGUUGCAGAUUUGCGGCUGAGUCGCAGCAAUAUACGCAGAAACUACAAGAAGCUGCCAGUAGGCGUGGGAUAAACCAAGAGGGACCCAAGAAGGAGGAAGAAAAGUCGACGUCAUCUGUCAUACCUAAAUCUGAUGAUCUCGAACUUCAGAGAGUGGUAUCUGUACAUUAA